AUGAUCGAGUUCACUGGUGUCGACUGGAUAUUGACCCCGAAGGCACAGCAUGUAAUAGUUAUAGCCAAUAUCUCGGUACACUCUGAGAUGCAGCAUAGUGGCUACCAUCCAGAAGUUGUGAUGACAUACAGUUUUGACAAUCAGCUUAUGGCAGGGUUAACUUUGCAUAAGAUUAAUGUCAUCAUGUCAACACAGUCUGUUAACAUCACACAUGUGGCACAAGUAAGGUGCUACAGGGGACAGUGUCGCGACUUGGGGUCAAGCGACAGGGGAGAGUUUGAGAGCUGGGGGUGUUCGACUGAUCUCACCGAAGCGAUGGGACAAGAGGUCGAAACUGAGGUCCCUAGGGCAGCAGAGGCCGGCUUAUAUAUAGGGGAAGAUAAGGGCAGGCUGUGCGCACUGGUCCGUGCGCAGCUGGUCCGUGCACAGCAUGCUGACGCGGCCCCGGGGGCCGGUGUCUGGCAGAGUGCAGAGCUGGCAGAGGCCAAAGUGUGCACCUUCCUUAGCUAUGAGCUCGGCAACCAUCUGGUUUCAUGGGCAAAUGCUGCAAACAAACUCCCACGGGCAUCUGAGGAGACCCAGGUAGCUAUGUCGCAACUUGAGGUCAAGCGACAGGGGAAAACCAAACAAGACGCUGGAGGCGUUGAUGCGACCUACGAAACCCUAACCCCUAACCUGGGUGCGACCUAA